GCAUUGUCUCUGUGCCGUGGCCGCCGCCAGCCCGACCGACUGACUGACUGACCUUUCAGACGUCUACUUUCGUAGAUACGCACACGUCACGGUCCGUCCAAACCGACCCAGACGACAACGACGACCGACGGCCGGCAGGACGCCGGGAGGGAUACGACACGGCACGAUCACGGCACGACAACGCACACACACACCGCCAUGGGCAAGUCGUCCAAGGACAAGCGCGACGCCUACUACCGGCUCGCCAAGGAGCAGGGCUGGCGGGCGCGCAGCGCGUUUAAGCUGCUGCAGCUCGACGAGGAAUUCGACCUCUUCUCCGGCGUCACGCGCGUCGUGGACCUGUGCGCCGCGCCGGGCAGCUGGUCGCAGGUGCUGUCGCGGGUGCUCAUCCAGGGCGACCGGUUCGGGCGCGCGGCGUGGCGGGAUCGCGACGCGGAGCUGCGCCGGCGGAUGCUCGCCGUCUUUCCUGAUGACGCUGCCGCCGCCAAAAACGAUACAGAUGCGGAUCCCACGACGACGAGACCCGACGAGACCCCCGCCCAGACGCAGCAGCAGCAGCAGCAGCAGUCGCGCCGCCGCCCCGAGGUCAAGAUUGUAGCCAUUGACCUGCAGCCCAUCUCGCCGCUCGCCGGCAUCACGACCCUCCGCGCCGACAUCACGCACCCGGCGACGGUGCCGCUGCUCCUGCGCGCCCUCGACCCGAGCCCCGCCGACGGAGGGAGCCACAGCAAUCACACAUACAACGACGGCAGUGACGGCAGCCAUGAUGGCGACGAUGCGCACGGCAAAGCGUCGCACCCCGUGGACCUGGUCAUCAGCGACGGCGCGCCCGACGUGACGGGCCUGCACGACCUCGACAUCUACGUGCAGUCGCAGCUGCUCUUCGCGGCGCUCAACCUCGCGCUGUGCGUGCUCAGGCCCGGGGGCAAGUUCGUGGCCAAGAUCUUCCGCGGCCGCAACGUCGACGUGCUCUACGCGCAGCUCAAGGUCUUCUUCGACCGGGUCGUCGUCGCCAAGCCCCGCAGCAGCCGCGCCAGCAGCGUCGAGGCCUUCAUCGUGUGCCUCGACUUCCGCCCGCCCGCCGGGUUCCGCGCCAGCCUCGAGGAGCCCCUCGGCGUGGGCCGCCGCCUCGACGCCAUGGCCAGGGCGCGGGAGAUGCAGCUCCCCGUCGUGGCCGGGGCCGUCAUGCAGGAUCCGGCGAGGGGCACCUGGCAGGAUGACGUUGCCGCCACGAGUGUGGGUGCCGCUGCAUGUGCAGACGGCGUGGUUGAGAUGGAAGCCUACGACGACACGGACAACCAUGACGACGACAAAACCCCAAAGGGCAGCUCGAGGAGCACAAGAUGGAUUGCGCCGUUUAUUGCUUGCGGCGAUCUAUCGGCGUUUGACUCGGACGCCUCGUACCAACUCCCCGAGGACUACGUCUCGUUGGACCCCGUCCAGCCUCCCAUCGCUCCGCCGUACAAACGCGCCGUGGAAAUGAGGGCGGCGCAAUCCAAGGCAGCGUCGAGGUGA